AUGCUCGGUCUAGGUAAACGUCCACGUCUGAGAACCCGCCACAGCACAAUCGAGAAAAUAUUAGGCAAGAGCAUUGAGGAUCUGUCCGCGCUUUCCUACGUCAAUAGAGAGCUUGGCGUCUGGAUUGAGCCUUUCGAAGACGGCAUCGACGAGAGCUACGUCCCUUCAGCAUCUGCACUUCCUUUUGCUUUUCCGCAGCCACUCAACUUCCUCGAAACCACUACUCGCACAUAUCGCAGAGCCAUGCCUGCCGCAAAGGCAAAGAGCGAUGAGCUGGGCGAGCCCCAGGGCAGCAUCUUCUCCAUCUCUGGUCCCGUUAUCGUUGCGGAGGACAUGAUUGGUGUAUCUAUGUACGAACUGUGCAAAGUCGGCCAUGACGAGCUUUCCGGCGAAGUCAUUCGGAUCGAGGGCGACAAAGCCACCAUUCAGGUGUAUGAAGAGACUGCCGGCGUGACUGUCGGUGAUCCUGUCUGGAGAACACAGAAGCCUCUCUCUGUCGAGCUCGGCCCCGGUCUUCUAGAGACAAUCUACGACGGUAUCCAGCGGCCUCUCAAGGGCAUUGCAAAGAAGGUCGACAGCAUCUAUAUUCCUCGCGGCAUUGCCAUUCCUGCCCUCGACCGGGAGAAGAAAUGGAAAUUCGAACCAACUAUGAAAGAGGGCGACCAUAUCUCGGGAGGCGAUAUAUGGGGCAAGGUUGAGGAGAAUACACUGAUCAGCGAGCACAACAUCCUCUUCCCACCACGAGCUCGGGGCACCAUCAAGAAGAUCGCAGGCAAGGGUGAAUACACCGUCGCUGAGCCGCUGCUGACAGUCGAGUUCAACGGCGAGGAGAAGGAAUACCCAAUGAUGCACUCAUGGCCUGUCAGAGUUCCUCGACCUGUCACUGAGCGGAAACGCGCCGACCAGCCUUUAUCGUCGUCUGUUUCCAAGUUCUCCAACAGCGAUAUCAUCGUCUACGUUGGAUGCGGCGAGCGAGGCAACGAGAUGGCUGAAGUCUUGAUGGACUUCCCAGAGCUAUCGAUCACCAUUGACGGUCGACAAGAGCCCAUCAUGAAGCGCACAUGUCUGAUUGCCAACACCUCAAACAUGCCUAGAUCAGGCAAGGCCGUCGCCAUGAUGGCUGACUCGUCGUCACGCUGGGCCGAAGCUCUGAGAGAGUUGUCAGGUCGCCUCGGAGAGAUGCCUGCUGACCAAGGUUUCCCAGCCUAUCUCGGUGCCAAGCUUGCUUCCUUCUACGAACGUGCAGGCGCCUCCACGCAGCUUGGCUCGCCAGAGCGUGAAGGUAGCGUCUCGAUUGUCGGCGCCGUGUCACCUCCUGGCGGCGAUUUCUCAGACCCUGUCACCUCAUCAACCCUCAACAUUGUGCAAGUCUUCUGGGGUCUUGAUAAGAAGCUCGCACAGCGCAAGCACUUCCCUAGCGUCAACACAUCGAUGUCAUACAGCAAAUAUACCAGCAUUCUCGACGACUUCUACAAGAAAGAUCACCCCGAUUUCCCGAAGCUGCGAGAUCAAAUCCGAAACCUCCUCACCAAUUCAGAAGAACUCGACCAGGUCGUGCAAUUGGUCGGCAAAUCGGCGCUGGGAGACAGCGACAAGAUUGUCCUUGAUGUGGCUGCCAUGUUGAAGGACGACUUCCUACAACAGAACGGCUACUCGGACUACGACCAGUUCUGUCCACUCUGGAAGACCGAAUGGAUGAUGCGCAACAUGAUGGCUUUCCAGGAUGAGGCUCAGAAGGCUGCGUCGAGCGGUAUCUCAUGGUCUAGAGUGAGUGAGCAGACGAAGGACAUCCAGCACAAGCUUCGUUCGAUGAAGUUCGAGCUGCCCGAUGACCAAGAGGCCGCUGUAAAGAAGUACGAGGAACUGCAACAAAAGAUCACAGAAACUUUUGCCAGCAUCGGAGACGACUGA